AUGUUGACACCACAUCAUAAGCCCCGGCUGCUGUUGCCUAAAAGUGCCUUCUGGAGCUGUCGAGGGACAUGGAAGAGAGCAGGAAUCAAUACACUUCGAUGUCUCGUAGGAUGUACAGUCGGCGAUUUCUCUGCACUGUGGACGCUACAGACAUAUGCACCAGACUUGGGCAUGGGUACUAUUAUGGCUCUAUCAAUGACAUGUGGUCUUGGUACCUCGAUCGCAUUGGAGACAGGCCUACUGCGUUGGGGCAAGGACAAACUGCCCAUGAAUAUGGCAUUCAAGACAGCAAUGAGCAUGAGUUUUCUCUCGAUGCUAGCCAUGGAACUGGCAGAAAAUGUUGUUGACUUCCAUCUGACUGGUGGAGUGAUAGCACUGCAAGAUACACGUUUCUGGGGUGCUGCAGUGAUUAGUAUUGCGGCUGGAUACUUAGUGCCACUACCAUGGAACUACUAUAGGUUGAGAAGAUGGGGAAAGGCGUGUCAUUAG